UGGACAUGUCAUCUGGACUCUUCAAUUAGCUUUCUAUCUCGACACAAUUCGGGAUUUUGUGGGAGACAAUACGAAGUACAUCGAUCAUGAUCAAGAUAUUCGAGAGGGGUUGUAUUCUGAAGCAUGUUCAGGCAACCAAUUUAUCAACGCACAGCCAUUUAAUACGAGACACGUGCAUCCCCUACAUGUGACGUGGGGUACAAAACUGAAGCUGACGAACUCAUCCUGGUGUAUUCAACUGUGAUUGUUACACCUUCAUCACGAUAUUUACCAUGGUCUCAAGUACGGUUUUUGUCGUCGCUCAGGUUGCCCUCGCCGCCCUUGUGGCCCAUGUGAUCUACCAGUGUUAUUUCCACCCACUUGCGCGCUACCCCGGGCCAUUCUUGGCUCGAUUUACCAAUCUCUGGAGACUGUUCACCUUUUUUGGUGGUCAACAUCAUCUUUCAGAGCAACAUCUGCAUGAUAAAUAUGGCCAUGUUGUCCGCGUAGCGCCAAAUUGGCUCUCAUUCGACGACCUACGAGCCUUUGAGGCGAUCUACGGGUUUAAUAAAUCCGUCGAAAAAGACGACUUCUACGUGUUUGGUGGCCCUCCUGACAACCGUGUGCCGAGCGUAUUCGCUCUUGAAACCGAUGCAGCUCAUCGUCAGAGGAAACGUAAGGUAGUUGGGCCGGCCUUGACGAGCGCAAAGAUAACCAGAUAUGAAUCCAUUAUAACCAAGCAUGUGGACCUCUUCUUUACGCGAACAGAGGCCGAGUCCUUGUCAGGACAAGGUGGCGAGAAGACCGUGGUGAACCUGGCACCGCUGGCUCAUCGGUUCACGAUGGACGUCAUGCUCGAGCUCAUCUAUGGCCCCGACAGUAUCUCGCAUCCGUAUACCGACUCUGCGAUCGGGGCCACUAUGUGUUCAACCAUGCGCAAGUUGACCAAGAUGGCGUGGAGCUUCUCGCUAUGCCCAUCGUACGGCUGGAUCAUGAAUAGCCGCUUCAUCGGUACAGUGUUACGCAACCUGUCCACCAGCAAACAGGGCGGUCCCGCAGAUAUUAUGGCGCUCAUGGCUUCGAGCCACACGAUGAUCUUUCGGCGUCCCAAACAGGUUAGCCGACCUGCACAGCCCGGAAUCGUGACAAGUUGGUUAGAGGUCCCUCUUGAUGAUUCUAGUCGUAUGACUCAAGAUGAAGUGUAUUCGGAGGCAGUCAACCUGGUGUUUGCCGGACCGGGCAGCGUAGCUGCAGCUCUAACAGCCAUGGUCUACCAACUAGGAACGCAGGAAGGCCUCCUCUGGCAGGAGAAACUACGAAAAGAGGCAGAUCUCGACGCGCCUCCAUUCUCUUUAGAGCUUCAAGCGGUUGUUAAAGAGACUUUGCGUCAUUGCGCCUCUUUCCCUACGGCCUUUCCCCGAGUCAUCAGACCCGGUGCCGAAAGUGUAGUCUCCAGCCUACCAGCCCCACUCCCCGUCGGUACCACUGUGUCAGCAAAUACCUAUGUUUUAGGCCGGUCGCGUAGAAUAUGGGGUGACGAUGCAGACCAAUGGCUUCCGCAGCGAUGGCUAGAGGAUGAGUCACAACGUCGGGAGAUGGAUGCCAAACUGGUGGCUUUCGGUAAAGGGUCGCGAAGCUGCGUUGGUAAAGACUUGGCCUGGCUGGUCCUUGCAAAGGCGGUCAUGGCCAUCAUCCGACGCUGGAGGUUUGUGAGCGUAGGAGAGCUUCGGGGGAAGAGUUUCUUGGAAAUGCAGUAUGACGAAUGUUGGAUUGAGUAUGAAAAAUUGGGGUGAAGUUGUUGAUACGUUAGUAGAGCAUAAUAUCGGCUCUGUACUCUACGCCUGAAUCCAGUCGGAAAUUGACUGAAUUGCAUGACACAUUGACCACUCGUGGAGUGACGGCGUGGCUCAGCUGAGCUGAGCUGUCCUUCCAUUUCGGGAGCCCGACGAUGCUGCUCCGCCGCGAGUGAGAUCUUGAGAUCUCAAAACGAUCUACAUCGGCAAAAGUCAACAAUCCACUCCAUCUCCACUAGAGGGGCGAAAGUAAUUUACUUACUCCCC